UAAAAGGCAAGUUUAAACAUUUGCAUUGUUCUUAGUGCUGUCAGCCUCCUUUUUCCGUCGUAUUAACCAGCCGAGUUAAAAAAAGGCUGGUUGCUUACAAGAAACAUUCCACAGUUUUGACGAUUGCAAAACUCUUGGACCACAAAUAAAAAACCAAUCUUCGUCUUUUCUUCUUAGAACUAUUUCUCUAUCUUUCUUACUAUCGUCUUCGUGAAGGGAGGACGAAUAUUUUUUACUUACAUAGUACUUACCGGCUUACGACUUGCCGUUUAUCUUAAUUUCCCCAGUCGCCCUAACGACGUCAUCGCCGUCAUACGCGCAACCCCUGUGGAACCGAUCGUUAACCCUUAAUCGGGCUGUGUACCUUAAAAGAUUACAACUCAUCACGACUUCAAAUCUGAAAUCUACACUCGUUAAACUUAGAAAAUAUUCAAACCAGAAAUAAUGAAUUCGUUCGUUCAAACUUUGCUAUUUACAACGGCUGCCGGCGCCGCCUUGCGACCAAGACAGGGCAAUGAUGGUUGUUGCUUUCAACUCGCUUCGGUUGGAAUGGUCAACGAGACCGUGCUGGAGGACCAUGUCGGUGACUUGCUUUUAGGCGGUACUUUUCAGCAAGGCGGAUUCUGUCUAGACAAGACGAAUGGAACCAUUCAGGAUAGUCUGGGGCAUAAUUGCUUUAUGCGAGCACCAGACUAUCAGUUCGAGUGCUAUCAAGGCGCCAUCGGAACUACAGCAUUCGAUAUUGCAUCCCCAAAGCCGGAUGGGAAAUCAUACCUCACAUAUGAUAACAGCCCAGGUGUCUUCUACGCAUGUCCUAUUGACUCAGAAAGCUACGACAUCUACUCCUCAGAUAAAGCCGAUAAAUCUGGAUGUCUACCAGUUUCAUUGGCCCUAGUCGAUCAGACAGCUGCUUGCUCUGCUACUGCUAGCAAUUCCACCCUAUCAGUCCGAUCCAAGACGGCGCACCGAACAACACUUCAAAUAGCACGUCCAACUCGGUCGCUACGACGCCAAUCUUCGUCUAAAGCAUGUUCUAUAGACCCAUCAGCACCCUCGCUUGCGCCUUAUCAACUAAGCCACGGUAAUUCGUCAGUGUCAAGCGGAAGUAAUGCCACCUCAGCAGAAGUUAUAAUUGGCCGAAACUAUAGUAUGGUAUUCGACUACGCCAUCCCAGACACUUUCCCUCCCACCAACGCCACGGGCGAAUCCUCGCUAUGCGCCCUGCAGUUCCGCAUGCCCGUCUGUAGUACUCUCCCCAAGGGUUACCCCUGCUACAGCUUCAGCGGCCUGGAGCAAGAGGUCCUGGCCAACUCUGGUAUGACGUUCCAUCUGAUGAGCGACGACGGCAACGCCACGUGGAACAGCACAGAGUUGCACCAGGUGUUCCCUGGGGAGAACACUAUAAUCGGUACUUUUGAAUGCGGACGGAUCGCCGGUUAUAACGGGUCGCGGAAGAUGAACUGGCACGUUAGCAGCAUCAGAGACUUUGCGCUUGAGUUCCUCCAGGCGGGUGUUGGUCCAUCCGCCCAAUUCCAAAACGGUGUUGGUGCGUGGAUCGUGCCGUGCAAGUGACGAACUAACUAGCAAGUCCCCUUUCCGUUUUCUUAGCAGAAGCAGCAGUUGCUUGUCUGCUCUCUUGACAUAGAAAUAUUUUAAUGAUGACACAUAAAAGCUUGAGGAUUCGGAGGAUAUACCAUGGUUAGAGGGCAAAAGGCACGCCACCGCAAAGAAACUACUUAAUGCUGCUAUAAGAUCACAUAAUGUACGAAGGAGAUGGAUUGAUAAUGAUACCUGAUGGGCCGGGUGACUUAUGUGU